CAAUGAUUUGCCUGAGUGCCACAAGCCACACUCUCGUCAAGCAGUCUAUGGUUGUGCGCAGAAAAGACGGGCAGGAGGGCAGAUCGUCUCGUUGAGGGUGGCGGAAGAGCAAGAAGUUGAUGAGUGGUCGUUGCAGUUUUGGCACAUGGUUUAAUGAAGUUCCCAAAUAACAUCCCUGUCGAGUAGACGUGCAGCACUGAUCCAAUCCCAAAGUCUCCACCUUCUAUCGAGUUCUAUCGAGAAGUCUUACCUCAAACGUACGUCAUACAAAGUCAGACGAAGUUCUUUUCGAUAGGUUUGGUUUGAUCGAUUGAAGUUUGGUCGACGGCGCUAUCCGUCGUUUCAAUUCGCGCUCUCGUGAAAGCCGGGGGAGUGCCGUGGCUGGUUGCGAAGAGGAGACAGUUUGAUGGAAACAUGUUGGGUUCUUGAUGUCCUUGAUGUUCUUGGAUGUUGGACCAAAGAGCAACUGAAGACCUCAAAAAGCGCCUGGAGUGGGCAGUUGGUGGUACUUUAGGUUGUUCAGAUGCAUUCCAGGUUUCACUCUUUCAGUCUGUGCUAGGAUGUGCUAGGGGCUCGGGACCCGGCCACGACGCUUUCACCGCGUGGUGAAAGAAAACGACCGGACUACCGUCACGUUCCAUCACCAUCCGGUUCACCAUCCGGUUCACCGUCUUCGGGCGACCUGGACCAGCCCGACAGCCCUCCGCCGAGAGAGAGAGAGAGAGAACACCAUGGCUUCGCGGACUUUACAGGAACUGGUGAACUUCGGCUUCGCAGAAAGCAAGGUCCGUGAAGCGCUCUCGGCCAUCGGAAAUCCAAAUGAUAAAGAGGCAGCCAUCAACUGGCUCUUGGACCACGGCGAGGAGGACCGCGGCGGCACGGUGGAGCUGAAGCACUGCCCCCACGUGGAUGAAUUCGCGCAUCCCUUCAGCCCGCAGAAGUUGGUGAAGCGAUCAAACCUGACGUACCACAACCACUGUCAGCAUGGCUGCAAUGGAUCUGAGAAUUGGCUGUGCCUGCUUUGCGGCGAAACCAACUGUGGACGCUAUGCCUUCAAGCACAGCCUGGGUCAUUGGGAGGACAAGAAACGCGAGGAGGAAGCCAAGAUCACCAUGGCAGACGCCGCCGCUGGCAAAGAAGCCUUCGGGCAUUGCUUGGUCUUGGGCUUGGCAGAUCUCACCGUUUGGUGCUACGAGUGCCAAUCUUACGUGAACCACGAGAUGCUGGGGCCCUUGCUGAAACAGAUGCAGGGAUUGAAGUUUGGCGCACCAGGAUCCGACGCCAAGGCCUUGGAACCUUCCUUGCAGGAGGGGCAGCCCAUGAGGGCCCAGCAGGAUGCGAUGCACGGCCGCUGCGGGGACCCUGCUUGGCCUGCGCCGCACUUGGCGCGCGCCUGUGAGGAAGAUGCGCGACCGGGCUACCGGACAAAAAGUGCAAAUGAGUAUUUGGACCACGAAGAGGUCUUGCGGGCGAAAGUGAAGACCCUGGCCGAGAUGAUUCGCAAGAGCCAGAACUGCGUCGCUUACACCGGUGCCGGCAUUAGCACCGCCUCGGGCAUCAGUGACUAUGCGUCCAAAGCUGCUGGUUCCAUAGCAACCGAUGGGGUUGAGAAGGUGUCACAUUGGCGAGCGAAGCCCACCAUAGCGCACCGGGCCUUGGUGGGGCUGUACCGGCAGGGCCAUUUAAAGCAUUGGGUGCAGCAAAACCACGAUGGCUUGCCACAGAAGGCGGGCUUUCCCCAGGAGGCGCUGAACGAGAUCCACGGCGCCUGGUUUGAUCCCUCCAAUCCGGUGGUCCCCAUGAGCGGCACCUUGAGGGAAGAUUUGAUGUCUUGGCUUCUCGAGUGGGAGACCCGCUGUGACUUGUGCUUGGCCUUGGGCACCUCGAUGGUGGGCAUGAACUCCGAUCGCAUGGCCAUCGCCGCGGCGCAGCGCGCGAAGGCCGGGCAAGGCCUGGGCACGGUGAUCGUAGCCCUGCAGCAGACGCAAUACGAUAGCGCUUCAUCCUUGCGGAUCUUUGCACCCAUUGACAAAGUCAUGUCACUGCUUGCUGAAGAGAUGCGCAUAGACCUUCCCGCAGCUCACUCUCCAGCGCCGGCUUCGACAUCGUCCAUGGCGCAUGUCUAUGAGAAUCUCCCAUACACUAAGGAUGGCCUCAGAAGCUCCACCAGCACCAUCACCUUGGACUUGAGGGAAGGCGUCAAGGUACGCUUGGUGAAGCAACAGCCUUGGGAUCAGGAACGCUGGGGCAACGAAGGCGUCGUGCUCCCUGAGCACCUCGGAAGAGAAACACUAUGCCAUCGCAGUGGGAUCAGGCCCUGUGCGUGUGCUGGGCCUUUGGUGGUUAGAGGCUGCCCAGAGAGGUGCCAUACCGGCCCUGCCGGUGGUGAAUUGCGACCCAGCCGAAUGAGCAUGAAACAUAUCCAAUUCGAAGAGGCUUCGCAGACACACAAGCGUGAAGCCACUAGCUGAGAGCUCAGACAGUAUAGGAGCAUGAUAGCCCGCAUGUGUAGUUGUGCGGUUGCGGGCCUGCCGCAGUUUCAAGGGGGGCUGGGCGGUGGACCAGUUUUAAUCUCCGAUGGAGAUGAACAAGGUGGUGCCUAGUAGUGCAAAAGUUCAAUGACCC